UCAAGAUGGCGACGAACGUAAAAAUGUCAAAUUUUCGAAAUAUUUUUAGAAAUUACUCUAUAAAUCAAUUGUUGAGAGCACGAUUGCAUACUUCAUCUGCUUCAAAGAGCAAUGGCAUCAUAAUAGGAAUUCAUGAUGCCACUGAGAAGAAUGGACAACCUGAGUUUACGAGUGCUGGUCAGAACUUCAACAACAGAACAAAAGGAAAACUUGCUGAUCUCAUGAAGAUAUGCGGCACAAAGUUAAAGAAAGGACAGAGUAGGCUUCUCUAUGGCAUUGAUGAUGAAUUCCCCAGUGUUGCUGUUGUUGGUCUUGGGAAGAAAAGCCGAGGAUAUGAUGAACAAGAGGAAAUAUUUACUCAUCGAGACAGUGUUCGAGAGGCUGUGGCUGGUGGCGCCAGACAGUUGCGUGAUGUUGUCGGCGUCACAAAGAUUGAAGUUGAUCCGUGUGGUGAUGCUGAAGCAGCAGGUGAAGGUGCUCAUCUUGGUUUGUUUUACUUCGAUCAACUGAAGGACAAAGAGAAGAAAAAAUCUCACCCAGAUAUUAAAUGCCGAGAGUCCGAGAAAAGCAUCGAUGCCCAGUUUGGUAGAGGUGGAGCUCUUGCUGAGGGACAAAACUUUGCAAGAUGGCUGAUGGAGAUGCCCGCGAACAAAAUGACGCCCACCAUUUUUGCUGAAGAAGUUUUCAAGGCUUUAUCACAUUCAAAAGAGUCAAAAGUCACUAUUAGGGACCAAGCGUGGGCUGAAAGUAAACAAAUGGGGGCAUUCCUUUCUGUGUCAAGGGGGUCGGAAGAGCCUCUGAAGUUUGUAGAGAUAGAUUACAAUGGUGCAUCUACAAGUGAGACACCUUUUGCUUUGGUUGGAAAGGGAGUCACAUUUGAUACUGGUGGUAUAUCUAUCAAACCAGCUGCUAACAUGGACCUGAUGAGAGCAGACAUGGGAGGUGCUGCUUGUGUUGCUGGCACCUUUCUUACUCUCUCUAAAUUAGGAGUCCCCGUCAAUGUGAAGGGAUUCAUACCACUCUGUGAGAACAUGCCAAGUGGGAAGGCGACCAAGCCGGGUGAUGUUGUUACAGCAAUGAAUGGAAAAACAAUACAAGUUGACAACACAGAUGCGGAGGGUCGCCUCAUUCUUGCCGAUGCUCUGUGUUAUGCUGAUUCAUUCAAACCCAAAGGCAUCAUUGACAUGGCAACAUUGACAGGAGCAGUGGCUGUAGCCCUUGGGACUGGUGCAUCAGGUGUCUUCACAAACUCCAACUCAUUGUGGAACAAACUACAUAAAGCAGGCACAUGGACUGGCGACAGACUCUGGCGGUUGCCAUUGUGGAAACACUACUCAAGACAGGUCACCAACUCACAUCUAGCUGAUCUCUCUAAUGUAGGAAAGUACUCUCGGGAUGGAGGUUCAUGCACUGCUGCUGCUUUCUUAAAGGAGUUUACAACCAAUCCAGAAUGGGUUCAUAUUGACAUUGCCGGAGUUAUGCAGAACACUGAUGAGGUGCCUUAUCUUGUCAAAGGAUUGACUGGUCGACCGACAAGGACAAUCAUUGAAUUUCUGUGUAACCUCGCCAAAGAGGGUGCCAAGGACAGGUGAUGGAUGCAUACUGUUGGAGUGUAUGAAAGUGAUCAAGAUUUGCCGCAGAACUAGAAUGCAUUUGGGAGUUAUUUCAUGAGGAUCUUGACUGAAUACCAGUGGAUUGGAUCACCUUUAAUCUUGUGAUCAAACGUGACUCUUGUAAGGUUCAAAGCACUUAAUCAUGAAAUAAAAUAUUUUUAGGUU